AUGGCGAUCUGUACUUAUAACGCACGUACGCUUGCAUCGGAAGCGGCCAUCGAAGAUCUGAUGAUGCAAGACAAGAAGAUCAAGUACGACGUCUUCGGACUGACCGAUACGAGACGAGAGACGACUAGAGGUGUUGGUGGAGCUGGCGUUCUCGUCAACACGAGUAUGGCAAAGAACAUCGACUCUUUCGAACUCACGACCCGAAUCGAACGUCUGCGAAUGGGAAGAUGUGGUCCAACACCAGCUUUGACUAUCUUCGUCGCUUACGCUCCAACAUCAAGCUACGAGGAAGAAGAAGUCGAAGCUUUCUAUAUGGGCCUAAAGAAAUUCUACCGAGAAGAUCAUGCCUUCUACAAGGCCAUAAUUGGCGAUUUCAACGCCAAAAAGCCCUCCUCUCUACGCUGGACGUGGGAGUCACCCGGUGGAGGGUACCGUAAUGAAAUAGACCACAUCAUCGUCAAUAAAAAGUUCUGCCUGACGGAUGUCGUUGUUGUACCAAAGUUCUAUACGGGAUCGGACCAUCGCCUCCUCCGAGGAAAAUUUCCCUUCACAAGGAGAGCAGAGAAAGCCGCCAAGUUCAGAGAGAGAAAUCCCAGGACUACCAUCAACUGGGAUCUCUUCGCUACGCCAGCCGGCUUUUGGGAAGAUUCCGCAAUGGACAACAUCGACGAGGAAUAUGACCGGCUUGUCGAACACCUUCACGACUGCGCGAAGAAGGCUGAGAGUUUUAAAAUCACCAAGAGACGCCUGUCUCUUGAAACUCUUGAGCUCAUACGCCAGCGUGGAGCAGCACGAGCCGCAGGGAACCAAGAACUCACGUCCGAGCUCGCAAGGCUUUGCAGAGAGGCGAUAAAGGAAGACCUUAAAGAGAGAAGAGCAGAAGUGCUGGCUGAAGCUGCAGAGGCGGGAAAAAACAUCCGCUAUGCCUGUCGAGACUUCGCCAGUCGCAAGAUGAGGAUGACUGCUCUCCUGAACCCAAAGGGAACAGCCAUUGCAUCGAGAAGGGGGAUGGAGAAAAUCAUCUUCGACUUCUACUCUGAUCUCUUCGACAGCCAUGUCCACUUGCUUCCUCACCACCUGAGGGAAGAUGGACAAGUCAUUCCAGAGGUUCUCCCGUCCGAAAUACGACAUGCUAUCAUGUCGGCGAGAAAUCGUACGGCACCCGGUCCCGACAGAAUAAGACCAGAACACCUGAAGAGCCUUCCGCCAGUACUCAUCGACACCCUGGCGAGGCUCUUUAUACGUUAUCUGUUGGAAUGCAAGGUUCCUAAACAGUGGAAAACCAGCAAGACCGUGUUUUUGUAUAAAAAGGGAGAUCCACAUGACAUUGGCAACUAUUGUCCAACCUGCUUACUGACAGCCAUGCAAGCAGGAUUUCGAAAAAGAUUCAGCACGAUUGACCACAUUUACACUGUUUCGAAACUCAUCGAGGUAUCACGAGAGUACAAGAUGCCGCUCUGUCUCACCUUCAUCGACUUGAAGAAGGCCUUCGACUCAGUUGAGACGGAAGCGGUCGUGGAAGCCUUGGACAACCAAGGCGUCCCUACUCAGUACAUAAAGGUACUUCGAGAGUUGUACGGUAACUUCAUGAUCGGAAUUUCGCCAUUCUACAAGAACAUUAUCAUUGACGUGAAGAAGGUGGUCCGACAGGGUGAUACAAUUUCACCCAAAAUAUUUACAGCCACCCUCGAGAACGCAUUGCGAAAGUUGGAAUGGGACGACAUGGGAGUGAAGGUUGAUGGUCGGCAGCUACACCAUUUGCGCUUUGCUGAUGACAUCGUACUGAUAACACCUAGCAUCAGCCAAGCGGAACGAAUGCUGACCGAAACAUGUGGAUGCAUCGGUCUUCAGCUGAAUCUACAAAAGACGAUGUUCAUGCAGAACGGAUGGAUCUCGGAUGCCCCAUUCACGCUCAACGGAACGAACACAUCCGAAUGCACCAGCUACGUUUAUCUGGGUCGGGAACUGAACAUGAUGAACGACCUGACCUCCGAGCUGGGCAGGAGGAGACGAGCGGCUUGGGGAGCGUACAAGAGCAUCGAGGAUGUAGUGAAGAAGACCAGGAACACCCAUCUCCGUGCUCACAUCUUCAACACCACCGUACUUCCUGCUUUGACCUAUGCUUCGGAAACUUGGGCAUUUCGCAAGCAGGAAGAAAACGCGGUGAGCAUCAUUGAAGGCGCAAUUGAGAGAGUGAAGCUAGGAGUAUUCCGUUUCAUGCAAGCGAGAGACGGGAUUCGAAGUUCUCUUCUACGUCAGCGAUCGAAGAUUAGAGACGCCGUCGCGUUUGCCAAGGAAAGUAAAAUAACAUGGGCCGGACACGUGAUGCGCUUUAAUGACAACCGUUCGACCAGAGCCGUGAGUGACUGGGUUCCCCGCGAUAUUAAGCGCACUACAGGAAGACCACCGACCCGAUGGUCAGAUUUCUUCACGAAGUCCUUCAAAGAAAAAUAUGAUGCUCUUCGUGUCCCACGCGAAAGGAGGAACCACUGGGCUACUCUGGCACGCGAUCUGGACAAAUGGAAGAAUUACUGGCGCCCGCUCGACCAGUUCGAAGAUCAACGGGAGUCAAGGUGA